AUGUCCCUAACUUAUAGAAAUCAGUUGUCCCAGCUUUGUUCCGUCACUAAAGAGAUACUUCUCCCUAGCCCGUUCUCUGCCCUUAUAGAAGAUUAUAAUAAUUUUAAAACCCAAUCUCCCGAAUCUACUCAGGCCCUAAUUGAUGAAAUAGACCUUACCACCCAAGAGAUAACCAAAAUCCUUAAUGAUUUUAAAAUGGCCCACGAUUCAUGGCAAAACUUAAGAAUUUCGAUGACAGAAAAUGAAAGGGCAAAUGAUAGCCAAAUUUUAGAAAAAUUCCUCCAAGAAACAGAUUACAUUAAAGUUAUGUACGACCUUAAACGGUAUGCACGAAAGCUUCGGAAUUCCCGUAAUGAAUUAGAAAAUAAACUACCUAAGAUUAAACCCCAAUUUGACCAUUCCCAUCUCCUUCCUGAACUUCCUCCUUUAAACCCUUCCCAGAAUAGACCAUUUAAUGAAAAUACUCAAGACUCGUUAAAACCAGUUUAUACAAAUUCUAGUGAUAAAUCUUAUCGAAACCGGACCUCCUCUAAUUUUUAUUUGUAUUCCAACCCUUCGAUUACAAAACACUCCGAUGAGAAAUUAGUUAAUAAUCCGAUCCCCUCCGUCAAAAGUUAUACUAAAGAAAUGAAUAAAUUUAACCCACUUGCUAUCCCUCCUGGUUUUUCCCCUCUAGAAGAAAUAAAUGUUGAAAAUGACCCUAACGAUUUAAACAAUCAGAUGAACGAAAAAAUUGUAUUGAAUAAAAGACUUACAAAUGAAAUUAUUAAUAAAAGACCCAUUAGUCCCCCUCCCGGCUUUACUCAUAUUGAUGAUGUUUGUAUUAUUAAAAAUAUUUGUAACGAAUUUACCCCCCUACAAGAGACUUUAAAUGAAGACAAUGAAGUUAAAGCUUAUAAUUAUUCUAAAGAAAUGCCCCUUGUUUUGAUUAAUAACCCAAUUCCGGAUUUAUCCCCAGAAGAUCCCCUUCUAUCUCUUGAAGAUUUACAACAGUCUACUCCAACUUUUACUUUUAAUUCCUCAUCUGAAACUACUAAUAAUUAUUCAGCAGAAACUACUAUUAAAUCAUCAAAAGAAAUAUUGAAAGUGAAGAAAAUAAUAAACAACAAUAGUAAUUGUGUGGAAAGAUUGCUAAAAAUGUCCCGUAAAAAAGCAUCACUAAAAAAGUCCCGUAAACCCCAAAAGAAUUUGUCGAACCCCCUUCCAAUCCCAGAACGAUCCUUUAGAGAAUUUAAAAUGGCUCCACAGAAUGAAAUUAUACAUUACACCCCCUCGAGCAUAGUUGCUCAUUUUAAUGAGAUUAACCCUAUCUUUACAUCACAAGUACAAAUUCGUUUGCCGAAGUAUCAUCAGAAAAUUUUCUAUAGCCUUGGAUCACCCCUUUCUGUUAUGAUUGAACUAGCUAAUAUAAAAUGUAAACCCCUUUCCCAUCUAUUUCAUCUUUACAAAUCCUUUGUACUCCUGUUAAUUUCCUACAUUAUUUACUGCUAA